UCACUUCACUUCACUACAAGCAUUCUUCAACCAUCAUUCAUCCAACAUCUUCCCAACAAUGGCCAUGGUGUCGGCUUUGGGGGCUGAAAAUUCGGUGGUGAUCUUCAGCAAAAGCAGUUGUUGCAUUUGUCACACCAUCCAGACACUGAUAUACGGUUUUGGAGCAAGUCCUGCUAUUUACGAACUUGAUGAACUUCCAAAUGGACGACAACUGGAAAGAGAAUUGUUGUCAUUAGGUUGUCGACCAAGCAUACCGGCUAUGUUCAUAGGGGGGGAGUUGGUUGGCGGUUCUAAUGAGGUCAUGAGCCUCCAUAUCCGGGGCAAGCUAGUCCAAUUGCUCAAAAAUGCUAAAGCUAUAUUUGUAUAGGAUCAGAAAGUUAAUAAAGCCCCCGAGCUAGCUCCAAAAUACAAUAAUAUCAUGGCUAUAAGUAGUAGCUGUUUUUGCUUUUGUAGGGAAUGAGAUUAGGCCUACUUAACUAUGAACGUCUAUUUUAAUGUGCAGAGGUAUGAUGAGAAGUACUUGUUGUUGUGUUUUUAAGGUAUAUUUUCUCUUUUGUUGUACUAAAUAAUAAUUAA